AUGUCUGUAUUUUUCAUUCAGACGUCAACUGAUUCGCCGCCAUAUCGUGAGGAAACGAAAAGCCUGGAGAUGGAGAAUCCGGUGCAAGAGACUUUUAUUAGCAAUGCGGCAAUUAACAAGCAUGAAUCGGCGGAAGAGCAGAAUGUUGUGGCCGAACUGGGCAGCACUAGCACACAGAAGACAAAUUCGCUGAGUUCCGUGCAAACACUUGGCAAUAAUUCAAAAGCCGAUCUGAAUCUGAACUGCUCCGUGGUGUCCAAAACC